AUGGAUGUUCAAUAUAAACCGAAACUAUUAAUAUCACAGGUAUGGAAUGCUGUUGUAAUUUCCAUGUAUCGAGAACACUUGUUGAGUAUUGAUCAUGUCAGGAGAUUACUUUACCAACAGGUGGAUUCUGUGAUGCCGGGGAAAAAAACUUUGAAAUCACCCACUUUUUUUGUGGCAGAAGAUGAUUCAACGUUUAAGUCGACCGAAUACUUCCAAGAGAAUUCCGAAGCACAAAGAAGAGUCUCUUUCUUUGCUCAAUCUCUAUCAACUCCGAUCACUGAGCCGAUCCCUGUUGAAUGCAUGCCGAGUUUCACUGUAUUAAUCCCUCACUAUUCAGAAAAAAUUGUUCUUAGUUUAAGAGAGAUUAUUAAGGAAGAAAAUGCCAACACGAAAAUCACUUUGCUAGAAUAUUUGAAACAGUUAUAUCCGCAUGAAUGGGAGUGUUUUGUAAGAGAUACUAAGCUAUUGGCCUUUGAAAGUGGUUACAUAUCUUCAGACAAAGCCAAAAGGGGAAAUCUUGAUCAAGAAGAAAAAGAAGACGAUAGCCAUGCGAACAACAGUCCAAAUCUAACGAACAACGAUAAUGACUACGACUUUAUUCAAAAUAGAAUCAAUGAUUUGCCAUUUUACAGCGUCGGCUUUAAUUCUUCUAAUGCUGAGUUUACAUUGAGAACGCGUAUAUGGGCUUCUUUGAGGACCCAAACUCUUUACAGGACCAUUUCUGGCUUUAUGAAUUAUGCUAAAGCCAUAAAGUUGUUAUAUAGGAUAGAAAACCCGUCAAUGGUCCAAGUUUAUGGGGAAGAUCAGGAAGGACUAGAUUUAGAAUUGGAAGGCAUGGCAAAUAGAAAGUUUAAAAUGGUUGUUUCCAUGCAACGUUUGGAAAAGUUUACGCCGAAUGAACUAGAGGCCACUAAUUUUCUUCUAAGAGCAUAUCCACAUUUGAGAAUAGCUUACUUGGAAGAAAAUAAACAGGACUCACAUAUAUAUUCAUGUUUGAUUGAUGGCUUCUGCGAUAUUGAUGCAGAAACAGGUAAAAGGAUUCCAAUGUAUAGAGUGAGGUUAUCUGGCAACCCGAUAUUGGGCGACGGAAAAUCUGACAACCAAAACCACGCAAUUAUUUUUUAUCGUGGCGAGUAUAUUCAGGUUAUUGACGCAAACCAAGACAAUUAUUUAGAAGAAUGUUUAAAAAUUAGGUCUGUUUUAAGUGAGUUUGAAGAACUAGAGAUGGAUAACACUUUGCCAUAUAUUCCUGGUGUCGAGUAUCAUUAUGACAAGGCUCCAGUGGCCAUAGUUGGAGCCAGAGAGUAUAUAUUUUCCGAAAACAUAGGCGUGUUGGGAGAUAUAGCUGCUGGUAAAGAGCAAACUUUUGGCACAUUGUUUGCAAGAACAUUAGCUGAAAUAGGUGCCAAAUUGCAUUACGGGCACCCUGAUUUUAUUAACGCGAUCUUUAUGACUACUAGAGGCGGACUAUCAAAAUCACAGAAAGGAUUACAUUUGAAUGAGGACAUAUACGCUGGGAUGACGGCCAUUUGUAGGGGAGGAAGAAUUAAACACAGUGAUUAUUAUCAAUGUGGCAAAGGCAGAGACUUAGGAUUCUGUCAGAUUUUAAAUUUCACCACUAAAAUUGGUGCUGGCAUGGGUGAGCAAUUGCUUUCCAGAGAAUAUUAUUAUAUUGGGACUCAAAUGCCAAUUGAUAGGUUUUUAUCUUUUUUUUACGCGCAUCCUGGGUUCCAUUUAAAUAAUUUAUUCAUUACCAUGUCGGUACAACUAUUUUUCUUAUUGUUAUUAAACAUAGGGUCUAUGAAUCAUGAGUUGAUAAAAUGUGUGUACAACAAAGAUAUUCCGAUUACUGAUGUGGAAAAACCUAUUGGUUGCUACAAUCUAGAACCUGUUUUACAUUGGGUAACAAUCUUUGUUUUAUCUAUAUUUAUCGUUUUCUUCAUUUCUUUUGCACCGUUGUUGAUCCAGGAACUAUUAGAAAGAGGAAUUUGGAAAUCAAUAUCCAGGUUUUUCCAUCACAUUUUAUCCAUGGCCCCAUUUUUUGAGGUUUUUGUUUGCCAAAUUUAUUCAAAUUCUUUGAUGUCCGAUGUAACGUUUGGUGGUGCCAGAUACAUUUCAACGGGGCGUGGUUUUGCUGUCACAAGAAUUGAAUUUUACCAAUUAUACACCAGAUUUAGCACAACUUCCAUCUAUUCAGGAUGCAAAUUAUUUUUAAUGUUGUUGUUUUCCAUGGUCUCCAUGUGGCAACCAGCCCUCUUGUGGUUUUGCAUAACCUUGAUUUCCAUGUGCUUGGCCCCCUUUAUAUUUAAUCCCCAUCAAUUUUCAUUUGUUGAUUUUUUUGUUGAUUACAGAGAGUUGUUGCGCUGGUUUUCUCAUGGAUACGGCGCAUAUUCACCCAAUAGCUGGACCAGCUACACCAAAGUGUCAAGGGCAAGGUACACAGGGUUCAAAAAGAAAAUGAUAAGUGACGAAUCAGAAAAAAACUUGCCGGAUAUUAAAAAACCAUAUUUUAAAAAUUUAUUUGUGGCUGAGUUUUUGAAACCUGUAUUUACUUUUAUAUUUUCUUUCACUGCUUACACAUUUAUCAAUGCGCAAACGGGUGUGAGGAUGGUGCAACCAACUAACUCAGUUUUGAGAUUGGUAAUUGUUGGUUUAAUGCCAAUCUUGGUAAAUCAAAUUGUGUUGGCGUUUUUAUUCGCGGUGGCUUUGUUUACUGGACCAACUACUUCAUGUUUUUGUAAUAAAACUGGUGAUCUAAUGGCUGGAAUUUCACAUACAGUGUCUGUUUUUAUUUAUUUGCUAGAUUUCCAAGUUAUCUGGUUUUUGGAAGGUUGGGAUUUUACCAGAACUUUGCUACUGUUGAUUGUUAUCAUAAAUUUACAUGAUGUAAUUUUUAAGUUUAUCACUAUAUUUAUGUUGACCAGGGAGUUUAAAAAUAACAAGUCCAGUAUUGCUUGGUGGUCCGGGAAUUGGUAUAGAACGGGUAUGGGAUGGGCCACUAUAACUCAGCCUAUGAGAGAAUACACUAUACAGAUAAUGGAAAGCAGUUAUUUCACUGCUGAUUUUUUGUGUAGCCAUUUACUUUUGUCGCUUCAAGUACCGUUUGUAUUUAUUCCAUUUUUUGAUCGCUGCCAUUCCAUGAUUUUAUUUUGGUUAAAACCCAAUAUUUUAAACACUCAAAAGUUUAUCUACACAAAAAAACAAUUGAUAAGAAGAAAAAAAAUUGUCAGAAGAUAUAUCUUUAUUUAUUUUGUUAUUUUAACAUCUUUGUUGACAUUUUUGGUUUUACCGAUUUUUACGGCAAAAUACAUUCCUGAUAUAAGCGGAACGUUAAGCAAAACAACUUUUGAAGGAUUAAUACAGCCUAAAAUGCAACACAAUAAUGAUACUGGUGAGAACGCACCCAAAACGUUCUUAUUAAAAGCACCAGAACCAGGCCCUAUUAUCAAAACAGUGAGAUAG